GGGAAAGAGGGCCAGCCCAGGGAGUACUACACUUUGGAUUCCAUCUUGUUCCUGCUCAAUAAUGUGCACCUUUCACAUCCUGUUUAUGUCCGACGUGCUGCAACUGAAAACAUUCCUGUGGUAAGAAGACCUGAUAGGAAAGACUUGCUUGCAUACCUAAAUGGAGAAACAUCAACCUCAUCAAGUAUAGACAGAAGUGCUCCACUUGAAAUUGGUCUUCAACGGUCCACUCAAGUUAAAAGAGCAGCAGAUGAAAUACUAGCAGAAGCAAAGAAACCAAGAAUAGAGGAUGAAGAGUGUGUGCGCCUCGACAAGGAGCGGUUGGCAGCUCGGUUGGAAGGACAUAAAGAAGGUAUCGUGCAAACGGAGCAGAUCAGGUCCUUGUCUGAAGCCAUGUCAGUGGAAAAAAUUGCUGCUAUCAAAGCAAAAAUCAUGGCAAAGAAAAGAUCUACUAUCAAAACUGAUCUGGAUGAUGACAUAACUGCUCUUAAACAGAGAAGUUUUGUUGAUGCUGAAGUGGAUGUAACCAGAGAUAUUGUCAGCAGGGAGAGAGUAUGGAGGACAAGAACUACAAUCUUACAAAGCACAGGCAAGAACUUUGCCAAGAAUAUUUUUGCAAUUCUUCAAUCAGUAAAAGCCAGAGAAGAAGGCCGAGCACCUGAGCAAAGACCUGCACCAAAUACAGCGCCAACGGAUCCCACUUUACGAAAUAAGCAACCUAUUCCAGCUGCCUACAACAGAUACGAUCAGGAAAGGUUCAAAGGCAAAGAGGAAACGGAAGGCUUUAAAAUUGAUACCAUGGGCACCUAUCACGGAAUGACUCUGAAGUCUGUAACGGAAGGUGCUUCUGCUCGAAAAACACAGACUCCAGCAGCACAGCCCAUUCCACGACCAGUUUCUCAAGCAAGACCACCUCCAAACCAGAAAAAAGGAUCUCGAACUCCCAUAAUCAUUAUUCCAGCAGCCACGACCUCUUUAAUAACGAUGCUUAAUGCAAAGGACCUUCUGCAAGAUCUGAAGUUUGUACCAUCAGAUGAAAAGAAGAAACAAGGCUGUCAACGAGAGAAUGAAACUCUAAUACAGAGAAGGAAGGACCAGAUUCAGCCUGGGGGAACUACAGUCAGCGUUACCGUACCUUAUCGAGUCGUAGACCAACCUCUGAAACUUAUGCCACAAGACUGGGAUCGAGUAGUGGCGGUGUUUGUACAGGGUCCUGCUUGGCAGUUCAAAGGCUGGCCUUGGCUCUUGCCCGACGGAUCACCUGUGGAUAUCUUUGCAAAAAUUAAAGCUUUUCAUCUCAAAUAUGAUGAAGUACGUCUGGAUCCAAAUGUACAGAAGUGGGAUGUAACAGUGUUAGAACUGAGCUACCACAAAAGACACUUGGACAGGCCAGUAUUUCUACGCUUCUGGGAAACUUUGGACAGGUAUAUGGUAAAGCACAAAUCUCACUUGAGAUUCUGAAUCCUUCAGCUGCCAUUUAUUUCCUGAAGUAUGGAUUGAGAAAAAUGAAAGGGGCUUCAGUUUGGAGACCAGAGCUCAUGCUAUAUGAUAUGUCAAGAACUUUACAAAUGAAGAAGGGUCACAGUUUAAACUUUUUAUAAAAUCUUGUUUGGAGGCUUCGUGCUAUGGCAGGUUGAUACCUGUUGUUAUUCAGAAGCAAAGGGGUUUUGCUUAAAACUAUUUUUUUAAUGUUGUUAGCCUUCUAGUCUGCAAUCCAAAUUGUAUAUUUUGAUAGCAGCAGUUUCUUCUCUGUUUUGUUAAAUUAGCCACAUUUUUAAAUAAUGUGUUUUGUUCCUUAUUAGAAAAUAGAUUGAUCUUCACUGCAGAUUACAAAUGAGUGUGUGUGUGCAUGUGCACAUGUGCACACGUGUGUAUAUAUAUGUGUGAGUGUGUCUAUAUAUAUAAUGUAUAAAAAAAAAUUAGAGACACACUUCCGCAAACAUAGAUGUUACCAGGCUUUCUAAACCAGUUAGCUUCUGAGCUUAGAUUUGGUUUUCUUUGCUUUCACUUACUGAAAAUAUUUUGUUGUGAAUGAUACUACAUUUUAGUCAGUAGGACUUGCAAACUGAACAAAGUGAAAAUUCUUUUGGAUAAAUCAAAAUGUCAACCUGUAUAUGUAUAUUCUGUCAGUCUUUGUUGAAAAAGGGAAGAUGAAAAAUCUAGAAACAUUUUUUGGAUUUGUAAUGUCCCAGUUUGCUAAAUCUUUAAACCUUAUUGUAGGAAUACCUUCAAGUCAUGUUAACUUUAAAUUGCCAUUCUCCACACAGGUCUCUAUGUAAACUGAAGUGUGCAUGUGUACAUUACCAUCUAUCAAAAUACCUUUACAUAUGAGUCUAAAUGUUACCUAGAUUAAACAAUGAAUAGAGG